GUCUGAGCCGCCUACCCGGGCCGCGGGCCUGCGGACUCGUUCUCCCCGCUGAGGGUGGAUACGCGUGAACCGAGAGCGUGUGCAGCGUUCUGCCAAGCCAGUCGGACACCAUGGCUGACAGCCGGGAUCCAGCCAGCGAUCAGAUGAAGCUUUGGAAAGAGCAGCGGGCCGCGCAGAAACCUGAUGUCCUGACCACCGGGGCUGGUAAUCCCAUAGGAGACAAACUCAAUGUUAUGACAGCAGGGCCCCGUGGGCCUCUUUUGGUGCAGGAUGUGGUUUUCACUGAUGAAAUGGCUCACUUUGACCGCGAGAGAAUUCCCGAGAGAGUCGUGCAUGCUAAAGGAGCAGGGGCUUUUGGCUAUUUUGAGGUCACACAUGACAUCACCAAAUACUCCAAGGCAAAAGUGUUUGAGCAUAUUGGAAAGAAGACUCCCAUUGCUGUUCGAUUCUCCACUGUUGCUGGAGAGUCGGGCUCAGCAGACACAGUUCGUGACCCUCGUGGGUUUGCAGUGAAAUUUUACACCGAGGAUGGUAACUGGGAUCUUGUUGGAAAUAAUACCCCCAUUUUCUUCAUCAGGGAUGCCAUAUUGUUUCCAUCCUUUAUCCAUAGCCAAAAGAGAAACCCUCAAACACACCUGAAGGAUCCAGACAUGGUCUGGGACUUCUGGAGCCUGCGUCCUGAGUCACUGCAUCAGGUUUCCUUCUUAUUCAGUGACCGAGGUAUUCCAGAUGGACAUAGGCACAUGAAUGGAUAUGGAUCACAUACCUUCAAGCUGGUUAAUGCUAGUGGAGAGGCAGUUUAUUGUAAAUUCCAUUAUAAGACUGACCAGGGCAUCAAAAACCUUUCUGUUGAAGAUGCAGCAAGGCUUUCCCAGGAAGAUCCUGACUAUGGCCUCCGGGAUCUUUUUAAUGCCAUUGCCACAAGCAAUUACCCCUCCUGGACUUUUUACAUCCAGGUCAUGACAUUUAAUCAGGCAGAAACUUUCCCAUUUAAUCCAUUUGAUGUUACCAAGGUUUGGCCUCACAAGGACUACCCUCUUAUCCCUGUUGGUAAACUGGUCUUAAACCGGAAUCCAGUCAAUUACUUUGCUGAAGUUGAACAGUUGGCCUUUGACCCAAGCAACAUGCCUCCUGGUAUUGAGCCCAGCCCUGACAAAAUGCUUCAGGGCCGCCUUUUUGCCUAUCCUGACACUCACCGCCACCGCCUGGGACCCAACUACCUUCAGAUACCUGUGAACUGUCCCUUCCGUGCUCGAGUGGCCAACUACCAGCGUGACGGGCCCAUGUGCAUUCAUGACAAUCAGGGUGGUGCUCCAAAUUACUACCCCAAUAGCUUUAGUGCCCCGCAGCAGCAGCGCUCUGCCCUGGAGCACAGUUUCCGGUGUUCUGCAGAUGUGCAGCGCUUCAACAGUGCCAAUGAUGAUAAUGUCACUCAGGUGCUGGCUUUCUAUAAUAAAGUACUGAAUGAAGAGGAGAGGAAACGCCUGUGUGAGAACAUUGCCGGCCAUCUAAAAGAUGCACAACUUUUCAUCCAGAAGAAAGCGGUCAAGAACUUCAGCGAUGUCCAUCCUGACUACGGGGCCCGCAUCCAGACUCUACUGGACAAAUACAAUGCUGAGAAGCCGAAGAAUGCGAUUCACACCUUUGCACAGCAUGGGUCUCACUUGGCUGCAAGGGAGAAAUCGAAUCUUUGAGGGUCAGGGGCCCUGUUUCUGUGGCAAGUUGCUCUUCGCCUAUGAAGCAAAGCAUCAUAUUCACACGUUCUCACUCUUCGCUGCAUAAGAGACUCUUCUGUGCUGAAUGUGCAAAUACAAGCUUACGUCUUUAAAGUGAUAAUCCAGGUUUCUAUAGCAAAUAAUAGCAAAAUGUAAUAAUGACUUUUCUUGCUAUUUCCCUAGGGUAAAAUGAAGGCUAGAGCUUAACAGUCAUUUAAAAGAAAUACGUAUUUGCUUUUGAUAGUUGGUUGGAUUAUUCACUUAAAAUGACUAGAAUGAAACUUUCUAGCAGAAAUAUGAUUUUAUUAGAUAAGAAAAAAUAUUGGUGAAAUUACUAUGUUUACAUGUCAUCUCAUUGUCUAUAAUUAAAAUAUGGCUAUAUUACACAAUAAGAAAAGAUAAUCUCAGAAAUUUAAAUUUUUCUAAAUUUAUAGAAAAAACACAUUUAAUGCAUUGGUGUCUUUUGAAAAUAAAUUCAGUACCAUCAUGGCUUAAUGCUUAUUCCCGCUUUGAAUUGAUGAGGUUUCCUUUUUUUUAAAAUUUGGAAUUACAUUUGUGCUAAUACAGCAUUGAUUUUGCAACAGACUGAUUUGUAAUUGCUUACAUUUUUACAAUAAAAUAAUCUGUACAAAAGAA